GGGAUGCGGCGGCAGGGCAGAGCAGCGGCACGGCUGGCAGCAUCGCCGGGGUGUACGUGGAGGCUAUGAAGAAGACGAUGAGCUUUUAUGAUGCCACCAGAGAGCACCUGCUGAGCCUGGAGCCGGCGCUGCUUCUCCUCGAGGCGCAGGCGGCCACGGGUGGCAUUGCUGAUGUGGGGCAGAAGUCACACGUGUCCGUGGCAGAGGCCGUGCAGAGGGGGCUGGUGGGGCUGGAGCUGAAGGAGAGGCUGCUGGCUGCCGAGAGAGCAGCCGUUGGCUUCAAGGACCCCUACACGGAGGAGCAGAUCCCUCUGUUCCAGGCGCUGCAGAAGGAGCUGCUCGGGAGGGAGCAGGGCCUGCGGCUGCUGGAGGCCCAGCUGGCAACCGGGGGCCUCAUCGACUUGGCCACGGGCGGGCGGCUCCGGGCAGAGGCUGCCUGCGAGAAGGGGCUCCUGGAUGAGGAGACGGGGCAGCUCCUGUCUGAUGGCAGCGAGGAGAGCAAAGGGUUCCUCGACCCCAACAGCAUGGAGAGGGUCAGCUACGCGGAGCUCAGGGGGCUAUGCGUGGUGGAUCCGGCCUCGGGGCUCCUCCUGCUGCCCUUGCAGCUCACAUUUGCGGGGCUGGGAGGGCGAGUGAGUGGCACGGAGCUGCGGGACGCCGGCAUCAUCAGCCCCGACACGCUCAGGGCUCUGCAGGAGGGGAAGGUGUCAGCGGGGGAGGUGGCAGAGGACGACGCGGUGCAGCGGUUCCUGCGCGGCACAAGGAGCGUGGCCGGCGUGGUUCUGCCCUCCGGGGAGCGGAGGAGCCUCUACCAGGCACUGCAGGAGCACCUCCUGCUGCCCGGAGCUGCGCUGGCGCUGCUGCAGGUGCAAGCCUCCACCGGCAGCCUGAUCGACCCCAUCCAGAACAGGAGCUUCUCCGUGGAUGAGGCCGUCAGGAGCGGCCUCGUCGGCCCCGAGCUGCAUGAGAAACUGUCUUCAGCAGAGAGGUCCAUCAGCGGCUACAGGGACCCCCGCACCGGGGAGAUGCUGUCCCUGUUCCAAGCCGUGAGCAAGGGCUUCGUCCCCAGGGACCACGGCCUCCACCUCCUGGAGGCUCAGAUGGCCACCGGCGGUGUCAUCGCUCCGGGCCGGCACCUCCGUGUCCCCGCCGAGACCGCGUGCCGCUGGGGAUACCUGGAUGAGAGCACCCUGCAGCUCCUCGCCAAUCCCACCGAGGAAUCCAAAGGGUUCUUCCACCCCGGCUCCCAGGAGAAGCUGAGCUACGCAGAGCUGCUGGCGCAGUGCGUCACCGACCCCAGCACCGGGCUCCUGCUGCUGCCGCUCGGUGACGGAAGCCAAGGAACGCGCCUCUUCCUCGACCGCGGCGCCCAAACGGCUCUGGAGAACACAAAGGUGCCCGUCGCCGUAGGCAAGUUCAAAGGAAAGUCGGUGUCUCUCUGGAAGCUCCUUUUCUCUGACUACAUCCAGAGCGAGCAAAGAGCCGCCCUCACCCGGCAGCACCUGGAGGGAGCGCUCUCCAUGCGGGAGAUGGCCGAGGCCGUCCGUGCCGCCGUUGAGGAAAUGGCUUCUGCAGCCAACAUCACCUUUGAAGGGCUGAGGGGACGCGUGACCGCCGACCAGCUCCUGAGCUCCGAGAUCAUCAACCGGGAUCUGUUCAAGAAGCUGAAGGAGGGGGAAACGUCAGCCAAGGAAGUAGUGGGCAUGGACACGGUCAGGAAGUACCUGGAAGGGACCGGGAGCAUUGCUGGGCUGCUGCUUCCCGAAUCCCAGGAGAAGAUCAGCAUCUACCAGGCCAAGAGGAAGGGGCUCCUGAGGCCAGGGACGUCGCUGAUCCUCCUGGAGGCUCAGGCUGCCACCGGCUUCGUCAUUGACCCGGCGGCCAACAAACGUUACUCUGUGGACGAGGCUUUAAGGGCAAACGUCAUCGGCCCCGACGUCUACGACAAGCUGCUGUCAGCAGAGAAAUGUGUCACCGGGUACCGAGACCCCUGCUCAGGGGACAAGAUCUCGCUCUUCCAGGCCAUGCAGAAGGAGCUGAUCGUCAGGGAGCACGGCGUGCGCCUGCUGGAGGCCCAGAUCGCCACCGGCGGCAUCAUCGACCCCGUGCACAGCCACCGCAUCCCCGUGGAGGUGGCCUACAAGCGCGGCUACCUGGACAAGAAGAUGACCGUCAUCCUGUCCGACCCCAGCGACGACACCAAGGGCUUCUUCGACCCCAACACGGAGGAGAACCUCACCUACCUGCAGCUGAAGGAGAAGUGCGUGACGGAGCCGGGCAGCGGUCUCUGCCUGCUCCCCCUGAACAGCAAGAGGCGGCAGUUCGUGGAUGCUGCCACGCGUGAGCUGUUCUGCAGCUCCUGGAUGCCCGUCCGCUUCGGGCGUCUGCGCGGAGAGAGGGUCUCUGUGUGGGAGCUGCUGACCUCCGAGUAUUUCAGCGAGGGGCGGCGCCGCGAGAUCUUCAACCACUACCGGCUGAAGAAGCUCAGCCUGGAGCAGAUCCGGGCCAUGCUGGAGGAGGAGAUGAAGAAGUGGGCCCCCAUCAAGUUCCCGGCCCUGAGGGGCAGCGUCAGCGCGUACCACCUGAUGGAGACGGGCAUCAUUGACAGGACCCUGCUGGAGGAGGUGCUGGAGGGGUCCGUCAGCCCCGAGGAAGUCCUGCGCAUGGACUCGGUCAGAAAGUACCUCUACGGCUCCGGCAGCAUCGGAGGCAUCGUGCUCCAGCCCUCGAACCAGAGGAUGAGCAUCUACGAGGCCAUGAAACAGAACAUCGUGGUACCCGGAGUGGCCCUACCGCUCCUGGAGGCGCAGGCUGCCACGGGCUUCAUCAUCGACCCCGUGAACAACCAGAAGCUCCGUGUGGACGAGGCCGUCAAGGAGGGCGUCAUCGGGCCAGAGGUGCACGAGAAGCUGCAGCAAGCAGAAGGGGCUGUGUCGGGCUACAAAGACCCCUUCACGGGCAGGAAGAUUCCCCUCUUCCAGGCCAUGAAGAAGGGUCUGAUUGCUGACAAGCAGGCCAUGCAGCUGAUGGAGGUGCAGAUGGCGACCGGAGGCAUCAUCGACCCCGCGUGUGGCCACCACGUCCCCAUCGAGGCCGCCCAGAAGCGCGGGUGCCUGGAUGAGGACACAAGCAGAGCCCUUUCCGAGCCCAGCGACAGCAACAGAGCCUUCUGCCUCCCAGACAGCAAGGAGAACGUGAGCUAUGCCGAGCUCAUCCAGCGUUGCCAGAAGGACGAGGAGUCUGGCUUCCACCUGCUGCCUCUGCGGCAGACGGCCGCUCCUGCCUACACGGAUGAGCAAAUCCAAGGGCUCUUCCAGGAAACCAUGGUGAAGGAGAAAGGAGUCUCCCUGUGGGCGCUCAUCCACUCCGGGUACUUCACCGAAGAGCAGCGGAGGAGCUUCGUGGAGAGGUUCCGUGCAAAGGAAAUGUCGCUGCAGCAGCUGAUUGCGCUGGUGCUUGGGCUGGUGGGGGAGAUGGAAAUGAAAGCCCGCACCCACAUCGUGCUGGGGGGUCUGCAGGGCAGCGUCCCUGCCGUCCGGCUGCUGGAGGCCGGCAUCCUCACGGAGAAGAUGUUUGAAGAGCUGGCUCAGGGCAUCCGAACUCCUGAGGAGGUGGCUGAAGUGGGCGACGUGAAGAGGUACCUGCAGGGCACGGGCAGCAUCGCUGGGGUGAUCCUAGAGGAAUCCAAACAGAAAAUGAGUUUUUACGACGCCAUGAAGAAUAACCUCCUCCUGCCUGGGGUUGCCCUGAAGCUGCUGGAAGCUCAGGCGGCCACCGGGUACCUCACCGACCCCGCCACCAGCCGCAGGCUCAGCGUGAGGGACGCUGUGCGGGCCGGCGUCGUUGGCAAAGAGCUCACCGAGACGCUGCUCCGUGCGGAGCGGGCGGUGGUGGGCUACACAGACCCCUACACCGGGAGCCCCAUCUCCCUGUGCCAGGCGGUCCGGAAGGAGCUCGUUCCCAUGGCUGAUGCUGUGCCUUUGCUGGAGGCCCAGCUGGCCGCCGGAGGGGUCAUCGAUCCCAUCCACCACCAUCACCUCCCACUCCAGGCUGCGUACAGGUACGGCUUCUUCGACGAGGACUUGAACCAAAGCCUCGCGCAGCUGAACGACAGCACCCAGGUCUUCUUUGACCCGAACGCGAAGGAAAACGUGACCUACCAGCAGCUGAAGGACCGGUGCGUUUAUGAGGCUGAGAUGGGUCUCUGGCUCCUUCCUCUGUCCAAAAAUGCAAUGUUCUGCGUGGACGACCAAACCGUGGAGGUGCUGAAAUCCGUGACCGUCUGCGUCAACGUAGGGCGCUUCAAAGGGCAGACGGUGUCCGUCUGGGACCUCCUCAACUCUGAGUACAUCACGGACGGCCAAAGGAGAGAGCUGGUGCAGAAAUACAAAGACGAGAAUGCCGAAGCACUGCGAGAAAUCGUAACGACUGUCACCACCAUUAUCGCAGAGACCGAGGCACAAGGCAGGAAGUUCGCCUUCAAAGGUCUGCGGAAAAAGGUGUCUGCCGGUGAUCUCUUCCGGUCCCAGCUGAUAGACAAAAAAACCCUCGAUGAGCUCAACCAGGGGAAGAAAACGGUCCAAGAAGUCACCAAAAUGGACUCUGUCCGCAUUUACCUGGAGGGCAGCAAUUUCAUAGCGGGGGUCCUCAUCCAGCCGAGCAACGAGAAGAUGAGCAUCUACCAGGCCAUGAGGAAGGGCAUCCUGAGGCCGGGCACGGCGCUGGUGCUGCUGGAGGCGCAGGCCGCCACCGGCUUCAUCAUCGACCCAGAGAAAAACAAGAAAUUCUCCGUGGAGGAGGCGCUGGAGGCCGGACUCGUCGGCGUGGAGGUUUAUGAAAAGCUGCUCUCUGCAGAAAGAGCUGUGACGGGCUACGUUGACCCCUACACAAAAGCACCCAUGUCCCUCUUCGAAGCCAUGAACCAAGGGCUGAUCGUGAAGAGCCACGGCAUCCGCCUGCUGGAGGCCCAGAUCGCCACCGGCGGCAUCAUCGACCCCGUGCACAGCCACCGCAUCCCCGUGGAGGUGGCCUACAGGCGCGGGUACUUCAAUGAGGAGAUGAACCGCGUCCUGUCCGACCCCAGCGACGACACCAAGGGCUUCUUCGACCCCAACACGCACGAGAACCUCACCUACAUGCAGCUCCUGGAGAGGUGCGUUCAGGACGCAGAGACGGGGUUGUACAUGCUGCAGGUUGUGCAGGAAGGGGGGAAAUACUUCUACGUCGAUGAGCUGACGAGACAGGUUCUGCAGUCAAAGCCUCUUCAAGUGAGAGUUGGAAGAUUCAAGGACCAAACGGUGUCUGUCUGGGACAUCCUCUACUCUCACUAUAUCUCGGAGCAGAAAAGGAAAGAACUAUUAAAGCAAUACAAAGGCAAGACUCUUACUCUGGAAGACCUUACAGCUCUCAUCCUCAAAGUAAUUGAGGAUACAGAGCAGAAAGGAGAAGCCCUCAAGGUUAAAGGACUGCGGGGCGAGGUGUCGGUGUCAGAGCUGUUCAACUCGGAGAUAAUUGACAAGGGGACUCUGGAGCAGCUGCAGGAUGGGAGCCUGACUCUUGACAGCCUCACCAAGCGGGACGCAGUCAGAAGGUACCUGGAUGGCACCGGGAGCAUCGCCGGAGUGCUCCUGCCAUCGAGGAAAGAGAGGAUGAGCAUCUACCAGGCAAUGGAGAGGGGGCUCCUCUCUGAGCAGUGUGCGCUGGGGCUGCUGGAGGCGCAGGCUGCCACCGGCUUCAUCAUCGACCCAGUAAAGAACCAGAAGCUCUCCGUGGACGAGGCCGUCUCCUCCGGGCUGGUGGGCAGCGAGCUGCAUGAGAAGCUGCUGUCUGCAGAGAGAGCCGUGACAGGAUACACAGAUCCCCAGGUGGGCACUAAGAUCUCCCUCUUCCAGGCCAUGAGGAGUAAGGUAGCAGCCAAGGAGCACGGCAUCCGCCUGCUGGAGGCCCAGAUGGCCACUGGUGGGAUCGUCGACCCCGUGCACAGCCACCGCCUGCCUGUGGAGGUGGCCUACCGGCGCGGCCACCUGGACGGGGACACGUUCCUCCUGCUUUCUGAUCCCGACCACGGCAGCAAAGGAUUUAUAGACCCAAACAUCCGCGAGAAAAGCAGCUACAGUCAGCUCCUGAAACGGUGCUCCAGAGACACAGACACGGGGCUGUACCUGCUGCCGCUCCUGGAGAAAGAGGAGGACUAUUUCUACAUCGACGAGCGUACAAAGAAAGCGCUGAUGGCAACAAGGGUGGAGGUGUCUGUCGGGAAAUACAAAGGCAGUGAAUUGUCGCUGUGGGAACUGCUGUGCUCCGAGUACAUCACAGAAGAGAAAAGAAAAGAACUCUUGAAAAAAUAUAAAGAGGAAUCCCACCACAUCGUGCAGAGAAUCAUCGACGUAAUAUUAAACAUCAUCAGGGAGAAAGAGCAACACAGAAGUGACGUUUGGUUCCAAGGCAUCAGACAACAAAUCACAGCGUCAGAGCUUCUCAGCGCACAGAUAAUAACAGAGGAAACCAUGCGAAAACUCAAGGAAGGAAAAGAGACGGCAGAAGAAAUAGCAAAGAAGGAGGAUGUGAGACGAUACCUCGAGGGAACGGGCAGCAUCGCCGGCGUGCUGGUGCCCUCCAAGAACAAGAAGCUGAGCAUCUAUGAAGCCAUGAUCAGGGGGCUCCUGACGCCGGGCACAGCCCUGGUGCUGCUGGAGGCACAGGCUGCGUCGGGGCUCCUCACCGACCCCGUGAGCAACGCAAAGCUGUCAGUGAAAGAGGCGCUGAGCGCGGGACUCAUCGGCAGGGAUUUCUAUGAGAAGCUGCUGUCAGCAGAGGGAGCCGUGACCGGGUACACGGAGCCGUACACGGGACACAAGAUCUCCCUCUUCCAGGCCAUGCAGAAGGAAUUCAUCGUGAAGGAACACGCCAUCCGCCUGCUGGAGGCCCAGAUCGCCACCGGCGGCAUCAUCGACCCCUCCAACGGCGACCGCCUGCCUGUGGAGGCGGCCCACCAGCGCGGCUACUUUGACCAUGAGUUGUGCCAGUUCCUCCUGAACCCGAAGAACCAAACCAGAAGCUGUUUCGACCCCAACACGCACGAGAACCUCACUUACACGCAGCUCCUGCGCCGCUGCGUGCCCGACCCCGACACGGGGCUGCUCAUGCUGCACGUGAUGGACAAAGGAUCCGUGCUCUUCCAGCUCAACAAGGACGCCCGCAAAGCCCUGCAGGCUGCCCGCACCACCGUCAGCGUGGGGCUCUUCCAGGGCUCUUCCAGCGUCACCGUCUGGGAGCUCCUCUUCUCUCGCUACAUCUCUGAUCACCAGAGAGAGGAGCUGCUGAGGAAAUACAAAGCAGGGACGGUGACCGUCCCGGAGAUGAUCAUCAUUCUCACCGCCAUCAUCACUGGGGUGGAAACGGGAAACGGAGACCUGGGCUCAUCUGCAGCAACAGCCGACGGUGAGAUAGGAGAGUCACAGCCGGCGCAGGAUGCGCGCUCCCAGGAGCAGCAGUUGAGAAAGUCUUUAAAGUCUGCCACCAUCCAUGUCGCCGCCGGUGAGUUCCAGGGACAAAACGUCUCCUUGUUGGAUCUGCUCUUUUCCACAUACAUCCCUCAGGAGAAGCGGCAGGAGCUGCUGGAGCUGUACAGGGCAGGGAUACUGAGCACGGAACAGGUGGCUGCUGCUGUCAGCACCGUCAUCAACGGAACAGAAGCUGCGAAUAUCAGACCCACGGCGAAUGCUGGGAAUCCACAAAAAGCAGCGUCAAGGGCAGAGGAAAAUGGGGAUGGCUGUUCAGCACAAGACAACGCCUUGAAGUCUACCACCAUUGACGUCCCAGCCGGUCAGUUCUCUGUGUGGGACCUGCUCUUCUCCAACUGCAUCCCUGAGGACAAAAGGCAGGAGCUCCUGGAGCUGUACCGUGGAAGGGUGCUAACCCUGGAGCAGGUGAUAACUGUGGUCACCACUCUCAUUAAGAAGAAAGAAUCUACAGGCCGGAAAUUCCAAAUUGCAGUGAAGCACUCCAGCAAGGACGCCGUGCCAGCAGCCGGAGAGAAGGACGAUGAGUCCUCCAAAGAGGAGCCAUGGGAAACGGCCUUGAAAUCCACCGUUGUCGACAUGGAGGUCGGAGAGUUUCGCGGCCACAAGGUCUCUGUGUGGGACCUGCUCCACUCCAAGUACAUCCCUGCAGAGAACAGGAAGGAGCUGCUCGAGCUGUACCAGGCUGGAGAGUUAACCCUUGAGCAGGUGAAAACCGUUGUCAGCACCAUUGUGGCCAAGGCAGAAGCAGCAAAGAUGGAGCAGUCAGCACACGUGAGCGGUCCGAGGGCAGAGAUGGCUGCCACAGAAGCAGAGAACAGCCUUCACCUGCAGGACAGCACCUGGGAGGAAGCCUUGAAGUCCACCACAGUUGAGAUGGCAGUGGAUGAGCUCCAGGGGAGACGAGUCUCCUUGUGGGACCUGCUGUCCUCCGACUGCAUCCCUGAGGACAAAAGGCAGGAGCUCCUGGAGUUGUACCGUGACGGGAAGCUGCCCUUGGAGCAGUUGACAACUGUUGUCACCACUCUCAUUAAGAAGAAAGAAUCUACAGGCCGGAAAUUCCAAAUUGCAGUGAAGCACUCCAGCAAGGACGCCGACAAAAGGCAGGAGCUCCUGGAGCUGUACCGUGAUGGGACUCUCACCACUGAGCAACUUGUCAGAGCUAUCAGCAGCACCGUGACACACAGCAAAGAAAGACAUCUCGCUGCCCUUCCCCAGCAGACAGUGGAUCUCCUCCAGUCGGAAGGCUCUUACAUUACCUUUGGGCAGUUCCAGGAGCAGAGGGUGUCGGUGUGGGAGCUCCUCUCCACCAAGCAGGUCUCCGAGUACAAACGAGAAGCGUGCCUCGACAUUUACGGCACGGGAGGGCUGACUGUGAACAAGAUCACCAUCACCACCACCGUUGUCACAGGCACACAGGGAAAGAAGAGGCAGCACCAGGGCCUCUAG